AUCUCGUGAUCAGUUGUGCAAUGCAGCUGCGUGUUUCUUAUUUUGAUGUGUGAUGAGGUUAUGUUAGUUGCAGGUGUUGCCCCACAUUCCCGACUGACAUUUUCAUUGUGUUCUGAAUUUUGGCGCAAGUUUCAACUCAGAAUUCGGUCUUUUGCUUCCGUAAUGUCAGAUGCAACUGCUUACAGAGGUGUAAUGGAAUCUUUGGUUGAUGAGCAGCUUUGCUGAAACAGGUGUGGAGCCAGAUUUGAAACACUGAGUUAAUUCUUCAUUAGGCAGCUGUUGGGGGAUAUCUGGAAUUUAGGUUUUAUUUGUCUGACUCGCUUACGAAGCAGAGUAGAUCGUAGGUUUACCAUGGGAGAACCAGUUGAAAAUACGAGAGAUACGCAUGUCGUGGUUCCUCCCCACAUUCCAGCUCAUCAGGAAGGCGGUGGAAGAGGCUUACGAGGGCGUUCGCUGUGGAGAUGGAGGCCCCUUUGGAGCAGUAGUAGUUAAAGACGACCAGAUAAUAGUGAGAUGUCACAACAUGGUUCUUAAGAACAUGGAUCCUACCGCUCAUGCGGAAGUAACGGCAGUUCGCGAGGCGUGUAAGAAGCUGGAAAGAUAUGAUCUUUCUGAUUGCGAGAUUUAUGCAUCUUGCGAACCCUGCCCCAUGUGUUUUGGCGCAAUUCACCUGUCCAAAAUGAAGAGAUUGGUAUAUGGAGCACAAGCAGAGGCAGCACUAGCCAUUGGCUUCGAUGACUUCAUAGCUGAUGCAAUUCGAGGUACAGCCCAGUAUCAAAAAGUCUACUUUGAAGUGAAGCGAGCAGAUGGUAGUGUGGCUGAAGCUGCGGAGCAAAUAUUUGAGAACACUAAAUCCAAGUUUACAAUGUAUUGAUAUCCACUGAGGGAGCUAAGUUGCUUUAGAGAGAUAGCGUCCUAGGCAUCAUUUCAUUUAGAAGGUAGAUGAAACUGAAUUGGUUUGAAUAGCGAGGCUAUUCGAUCCCAUCGAGACUUGGUUACAAUUUUCUUCUGCUGCACUCCAAGAACAGGUCAUUGGUAUCCAUUCUGAUCCCUACUUUUCUGGGAAUCUAUUGUGCACAUUGUCUGGCUUAAUGGAAUAGCCCAAUAUGAUGUAUUGUAGUUUUGGAUUUGUUUUUGAAGGC